GUUGGUUCACAAGAUUUACCCUUACAAGAAAUUCAAAAUAUUCAAUCACAUCAUCAACUAUCUCGUGAAUAUGCUAACAAGUCACUCAUCAUUUAUCGAAACAAAAUGAAGGAUCAGAUAAUGAAAAAAAACAAUAAACACCCACUUGAAUAUUCAAUCAAUGACUACGUAUGUCUUGAAAUUCCAAGAAUAGACCAUAACAGUGUUAAUCGAUCUAUCUUGCCUUGCAAAGUAAUUGAGAAAUUGUCUGAUAAAACAUAUCAUUUACAAUGCAAAAGUGGCAUUCUUGAUAUUGUCUAUGGUGUAAAUGAAAUUAUGCCACUGGGGCCAACAGAGUACGAAGAGCUUGAA